AUGGGCAAGAUGUCCGCCAAGCUCGAGGCCAUCCGCGGGGAGCUGCAGACCCUGGAGUCUGACCUGCUGCUGGCGCGCAAGGGCAAGCCCACCAGCGAGGGCAAGAACGUUUCGGCUGAGACCCUGGAGAAGCGCGUGGCCUCCAAGCGCACCCAGCUGGCCAAGGCUGAGCUGGCGGCUGCUGUGAAGGAGGACCUCAAGACCGUGGCCCUGGGCACCAGCAAGAUCAACUACAUGGACCCCCGCAUCACAAUAGCAUGGUGCAAGAGGAACGAGGUGCCCAUAGAGAAGGUGUUCAACAAGAGCCUGCUGUCAAAGUUCCACUGGGCCAUGGACGUGGACUGGCAGUUCAGGUUCUGA